UGCAUUUAACAAUUGGAACUGUGCUGCAGGACGGUGCAUAGUAAGUAGUGCAGUCAUUGUUUAAUCCAUUUUUGUGUCUGAAUCAAAAUGGAUUAAGAAUUCUUAUUUAUUAGAGAGAGAGAGAUUAGGUGGUGGUGGAAUGCUUAAUUAAUUGAAAUGAUGAUUGAUGCCAGAGAGGAAAGCAAAACAUUAAGCAGGGGCUAGAGAAGAAAAUUUCAUUGCUUCAAGAUACAGAAGAGAAAAAAGCUGCGGAGGUAACUAGUUGUUCACUGUUGGCGAAGACCAGAAAUAUGGCUGAGGCUGUUGUUUCAAUUGUCACUGAAGGCCUAAAGCCACUUGGAGAUUUCAUCCUUCAGGAAGCCAACUUUUUAAGUGGAGUCGGAGAGCAAGUUGAGCUUGCACAAACCGAGCUACGACUGAUGCUGGGCUACCUGAAAGAUGCAGAUGCCAAACAAGGGGAAGACGAAGUGGUACGCGUUUGGGUUGCAACUGUUAGAGAUGCUGCUUAUGAUUUGGAGGAUGUGAUUGAGACUUUUGUCUUGAAAGUGGCUUCCAAGAGGAAAGGAAGCAUGACAAUAGUCCUGAAAAGGUUUGCUUGUAUCUUGAGAGAAGGAUCUUAUCUUCAUAAGACUGGGUCUGAAAUCGAGAAGAUUACAACCAAACUUUCUAAGUUGAGGUCCAGAAUGGAAUGUUAUGAUAUCAAGGCAAUCGGGUCAGGGAGUGAAGGUAGUUCUUCAUCUGUUGAUAGGCAACAUGAUCAGAGGCUAACCUAUGCUCAUUUCAGUGAACGCCAUGUUGUUGGGAUAGAGGGCGAUGUAGAGAUAUUGGCUACACAUUUGAUGAAGGAAGAAGAAGAGCAAUUUCACCGAGUAGUUUCCAUUUGGGGGAUGGGCGGUUCAGGAAAGACGACCCUUGCAAGACAAGUUUACCAUCACAAUAAAGUUAGGCGUCAUUUUGAUUCUUUUGCUUGGGUGUGUGUAUCUCAACAAUAUGAAGGAAGAGGUGUUUUGGAAGAAGUUUUAAUUAAGCUAACUGCUGCUACCAAAGAGCAAAGAGAAGAAAUUGAAAGAAAGAAGAGGGAUGAAAUAGCAGAACUCCUCUAUAAUCUCCUCGAAAAUAUGUCUUGUUUGGUGGUCCUUGACGAUGUUUGGAACACUGGUACCUGGAACUCUAUAAAAGCUGGAUUUCCAGUAAACAAGAGAACAAGGAGCUGCAUAUUGCUCACGACACGCAACAAAGAAGUAGCUUUGCAUGUAGAUGAAAAUGGUUUUCUUCAUGAAUCUCGGCCACUAAAUGCUAAUGAAAGCUGGAAAUUGUUCGAGAAUAUAGCUAUCUUUGGAAGGGAUGAUACAGUGGUUGAAAUUUAUGCUAAGAAGGAAGAACUAGGAAAGAAGAUGCUUCAACAUUGUGGAGGUUUGCCAUUAGCUGUUAUUGUGCUUGCAGAACUUCUAGCUAGAAAAAGAACAGUUGAUGAGUGGUAUAAAGUGUAUAAGAAUGUUGAUGUAUAUAUAAGGAGAGGCACAGAACUUGAACCAGAAUACAAAAAUCAAGGCUAUAAAGGUGCGUCAUGGGUGCUAGCAUUGAGUUAUGAUCACCUACCAUAUCGCCUAAAGUUAUGCUUUCUAUAUUUAGGCCAUUUUCCCGAGGAUUAUGAGAUACCUGUGAAAAGAUUAACUCAAUUAUGGAUGGCAGAAGGUCUUAUAUCUUCAACGUCAAUAGACAUGAUUGAAGAUGUAUCAUACGGUUGCUUAAUUGAGUUGGUAGAAAGGUGUAUGGUUCAAGUUGGAAAAUAUGGUUCAAGUAAGAAGAUCAAAACAUGUCGUCUCCAUGAUCUUAUGCGAGACUUAUGCUUGUCAAAGGGAAAAGAGGAGAACUUUUUUGAUAUUGUCAAUUUUGCUUCCACGGCAAGCAAGGCAGCACCUAUCGGUAAAGUUCGAAGACGUGCCAUCUAUUUGGACGAAAAAGUUGAUUAUUUAGCCCCCACAAGACAUGAAAGAGAUGGCCAACUCAGGUCUCUGUUAUACUUUGGCAGCCUCAUAUGGAAAAAAAAAAUGAUAGACAAAAUGUUCAAUGACUUCAAAUUGCUUAGAGUUUUGAAGUUUGAAGAGAUGCGUUUUGAAGUAAAGUUGCCCAGUAAUAUUGGGGAUCUUGUCCACUUAAGGUUUUUAAGUCUGAAGAAUAGUGAAAUGAAUCAAUUGCCAUCAUCUGUAGCUAGUUUGGUGUGUUUGCAAACUCUAGAUGUACGUUGUAAAGAUAAGGUGUUGGUGAAAAUACCUAAUGUGUUUUCAAAGAUGGAACAAUUGAGACAUUUAUACAUGCCCUAUAAACACAGCGUAAGUGAGAAGCUGUCAUUGGCUAGUCUUAGCAGUUUGCAGACGUUAGUUCAUAUUUCGAACCAAGACUCUGAUUUCAAAGAACUUGUUCAAUUAAACAAUCUUAGAAAGCUGUCGGUAAACUUUGAAAUUUUGGAGGAAAUCUCGAAAGCGGCAUUCUUCACAAUGAACCGUGUUCAGUCUCUCUGUGUGGUGUCUACUUCAAUGGAUAUAUUAAAAAGUAUAGUAUAUAGAUGUCGUUAUGUAUCCAAGCUGAAAGUAAUGGGGCCAAUUGGAAAUUUACCUGAAGAUCUCCCAACCUAUCCAAACCUCACCAAGUUAACGUUGUGUGGUACCUGUCUCGAGGACACCCAGAUAAAAAUACUAGAGAAGCUGCCAAAAUUACAAACCCUUUUCCUUGGAGUUGGAGCUUUUGGGGCUGGUUCUAGAGAUUUGGUUUUCUCGAGUGAGGGCUUUCCUUCUCUUGAAGUUCUUUACCUUAAUGGUUUGUCCGAAUUAUCCUAUUGGUGGGUGUCCGAAGGAGCCAUGCCUAGCCUGUGCAGAUUGUACAUUGAAAAUUGGAUUACGUUGGUAGAAGUUCCUAGGCUGCAAUAUGUUUCUACCCUUAAGGAAAUAACCAUAAAGUUGAUGCCUGAUACAUUCUGUAGUAACCUUCAGGAAGGAGGAAAGGAUUUCUACAAGAUCCAACACGUCCCUUCUGUUUUGUUUGAGAGUAUUGUUGCUGAGCAGUGGGACGAAGCUGUAAAGAAACGUAUGCAGCUUGCCCAGGAGAGAAGGAAGCAGCUUAACCAGGAGAAGUUUCGUGUUUCUAUGUAUGUACAGAAGGCUGCCCUACAAUUCAUUGAUGCUGGCGUGGAUAACUGAAAACUGUGUCGAUAAUGAGGUCAAUGUGUAUAUUGAGAAUCGACCAACUAAACACUAUGUGAGUAAUGUUUGUUGGAUCCCCAUUAUCUAUGCUGGUUUGAAUCAAAAUCGCAUCUACAAUAGUGAGAUUUGGGGUGGCUGCGUGUCAACUAUCUCAACUGGCACUGGCACUUCCCCAAUAGUUGAAGCAAUACUCACAUUAGAAGAUGCCUGAGUUGGUCUUUUAUUUUGGCAUGCACAAUAACAUGGUGUGAACCAAUACUACUACUAUAAAUAUCACAGCAUGCUGUAUUCUAUUUCUCGUGUUUGUAAUUUGCAGCUUCACCUUCUUGAUGUAUUAAUGCUAUUUGAGGUUUAAACUCC